GCUGCUGCUACCAUUCUGAAGAAUCUGAGAAGCUUCAGAGUGUUGUGGCUGAGCAUUUCUGGUGCUUCUCUCCUAAUUGUCUGACUAUUCAGGUGGGAAACGAAGACGCCGCGAUGCACACGCUGUUUGCAGAUUCUUUUGCCACGCUGGGCAGACUGGACAAUGUUACCUUGGUGAUGGUUUUCCACCCGCAGUAUCUUGAAAGCUUUCUAAAAACUCAGCACUAUCUGCUGCAAAUGGAUGGUCCCCUCCCGCUUCAUUACCGACACUACAUCGGGAUAAUGGCUGCAGCACGACAUCAGUGCUCUUACCUUGUUAAUCUCCAUGUGAAUGACUUCCUUCAUGUUGGUGGAGACCCCAAAUGGUUGAAUGGUCUGGAAAAUGCACCUCAAAAACUGCAAAAUUUAGGAGAACUGAACAAAAUGUUGGCUCACCGACCCUGGCUUAUCACCAAGGAACAUAUCGAGCAACUUUUGAAGACUGAAGAGAACAGCUGGUCCCUGGCAGAGCUGAUCCAUGCAGUUGUUCUCCUUACACACUACCAUUCCCUUGCUUCCUUCACAUUUGGUUGUGGGAUCAGCCCAGAGAUCGACUGUGAGGGGGGUCACACUUUCAGGCCCCCUUCCGUCAGUAACUACUGCUUAUGCGAUAUUACAAAUGGUUACCACGGGGUGGAGGAAAUCCAUGCCAGCCCAACUGGAAGUAUUCCAUCUACAGAGUCAGUCUGUGAAGUUGAGGCUCUUAUGGAGAAAAUGAAGCAGCUACAGGAGUGCAGAGAUGAAGAGGAGGCCAGCCAGGAAGAGAUGGCUACACGUUUUGAAAGGGAGAAGAGAGAAAGCAUGUUCGUGUGUUCUUCAGAAGAUGAAGAAUCUGCAGCAACAAGAGAUGUGUCUCGUCACUUUGAGGAUACCAGCUAUGGUUACAAAGACUUCUCCAGACACGGAAUGCAUGUGCCCACCUUUCGUGUUCAGGAUUAUUCCUGGGAAGACCAUGGCUAUUCCUUGGUUAAUCGUCUUUAUCCAGAUGUGGGACAACUACUUGACGAGAAGUUUCAUAUUGCUUAUAAUCUGACUUACAACACAAUGGCCAUGCACAAAGAUGUGGAUACCUCAAUGCUAAGACGAGCUAUUUGGAACUAUAUUCAUUGUAUGUUUGGAAUAAGAUACGAUGAUUAUGACUAUGGUGAAAUUAAUCAGUUGUUGGACCGCAGCUUUAAAGUUUACAUCAAGACUGUGGUUUGCACUCCUGAAAAGACCACAAAAAGAAUGUAUGAUAGCUUCUGGAGGCAGUUUGAACACUCUGAGAAGGUCCAUGUAAAUUUGCUUCUGGUAGAAGCUCGGAUGCAAGCCGAACUACUUUAUGCUCUGAGAGCUAUUACUCGCUAUAUGACCUGAUGUCUCCGGCUGCCUGUUGACGUUGGAAUGUUCUGCAGCUGCAGUGUGGCAGAGGAAGAUACAAAGCCUCAGGACCAACAGUAGCUAUAAGUUAAGAUGCCCAUUGUGCCAUAACUCCUUUAGUUUCAGCUAUUUCCAUGUUUGGAAUAUCGUUGCUGCCACUCGGCAGUGAAUGCUUGGCAGUUGAAAAGACAGGGUUGUACAGAAGUGCUGCCUGCUCAUGGUAUUUUGGCUUUAGACAUUAUGGGACAUUCUAUGAAUUUGUGGCAAUAUAGCAAACUAUAGACAUAUAGAUCUUGUGUUAAGGCAAAUACUGUGGGAGUUGGAGCGCGAAAAGAAGUGGGAUUUGAUGACAUUUGCUUUCCCUACAAGAAUAAUUUUAGAAAAUCUUGAUGCUGCUAUUUGUGCAGGUGGAGUGAACAGACCCAGGCUGUUCCAGUUAAGCUAGAAGUGGAAGUGAGCACUGCUAUUGUCUGAGCCUUUACUGUGUGUGGUUUCAAAAAAGCCUUGUUAUUUAGAUUCCCUUUUUAAUCAGAACUAAACCUCUUCUGUCCACAGUGAUAAUCUGAAAGAUAGCAGUCAAUUUUCUCAACUAGUUUAGCCUUAAAAUGCUACAGGACGUUUGUUCAGCAUUAUUUUGUGAGCUCCAAAGUGCAAUGGUCUUCCUAUGGAAAAAAGGGGACUGGAGUCCUCAGAGCUUUUUAGAGAUCUACCUACCUAAAGUGUCGAGUAGCUUCUUGUCCUCUUUUUCACAGAUGAACCAAGAAGGAGCUAGGACAAGGUGUGGGAAUGUUGUUCUAGACUGCCAAACAGUCCUACUGUAUUACAUGCCCAACGCUGGUCUUACUGAUUUUUGCAGUUGCUUAAAUAACUAGGCUAAAAACCAUCUAUUUUUAGUAAAUCAAAACAUGAUUAAAAUGCUGACGUUUAAUAUACAUUGGUUUUGGAGAACACAUGAAUACUUUUGUAUGAGUGUGAAUUGCUUUUUAAAUUUGUCAGUAUUACUGGUAUUUUUGAAAUAAAGGUAACAACUUUU